UUUCAGAAUUGCUACAUUUAGGACAAUGGCACUCAACAGCAUUCUCACCAACACAAAGAUCACCCGGACGCUGUUCUCGUACCUCAGCUUCUCUGACCGCCUCUCCGUCACCGCUACCAGCAAGUCCUGGCGCUCUGUCUUUGUUCCGCUUCUGUGGGCUGAGUUGACGGAAGACCAUUACUCGCUGGUUCAAUUCGAACGCCUGGUCUCCAAAUACGGUCAGCACAUCGAAUCGUUCUAUGUCUUGGAUCCAGAUAACGAAACGCAAAGUCGCGCAAUCCGCAACAUCGACGCCAUUAUCAAUUCCAUAUCGAAACUGCCCAACUUGAAACGCCUGGAUAUCGAUAAUGUCGAGAUGCCUGCGCAAAAGCUCGAAAAGCUAAUCAGUGAGCUCAAAACAGAAAAGCUCGUAGCUUUAACAGUCGAUAUCGAAGAGCCCACCACAAGGAAGACUGUCGAGACUGCACUGGAUCGCUACGGAUCGCAGCUGGUUUUGCUGUCAAUCGACAAGAUCACAGACGACAUUGCUGCUGCCCUUAACGACAGGUGGAACAAAUUGGUGGCAUUAGAGACUCUGAGACUUGCCUUCUUCCUAAACGAGUCGCAGAACGCGUUUGCAAAGCUUUCGGCCGCUGAUCUCCCAAAUUUGCGGAUGCUGAGUGUGCGUGAGGACACCAACGACGAGCAGCUCCGCUCGCUUGUGCGCGAACUGCGUAUGACCUACCCGACAUUCAUAUCGCCAGAGGGCUUGUCAAUAAUCCUUGAAGCUCACCUGCCUCAUCUUCACGAACUGCACUUGGUUGGUCCAGGUGUUGAUCUGGCUAGUAUCUGGCAGUCCAGCUGGCCACAGCCAUUGGCCCUGCGCGACGUUAUGCUCAGCGUCGCCCAUGUCUCAGCCGAGAUCCUCACUUCAGUCCUUGCCA